GGGCAGUGGACAGAAGGGGGAAAGGUGCCCAUGGCGUCGGCGCGUCGCAAGGUCAAGUACCCCUGGAGCGGCACUGCGGAAGGGGGUCCCAGCAAACGCAGCUGCCCCCGGGAGUCCCAUGCGGUGGCCCCCUCCGCACGGCCAGCUCUCGGCCUCUCGUCUGAGAGCCCCCAGCGCCUGAAAGCCCGGGAGUCCGAUGUGUCUGACUCACUGCGCUUGCCCCGCAUCGGAAAUUCCUCCUCCUGCGCCCCUUCCUCGUGCCCCGGUGUGGGCGCGCCCCCCAAAGGCAGCCUGGUCGGUAGCACUGGGGGGUUCCUUUCGUUGGCAGGCUCUCUUCUGCGCACCGCCAGCCCCUCUCUAGAAGAAAUGGCUUCUCUGGAGGAGGAACCCUUUAUCUUGAAGGUUGAUGCUAAAGAUAGUUCCCAUAACUUGACAAACUCUGAAUUUGGAACUGAAGCUGAGGGUCAGAAUGGUGUGAUUGAGGAGCCAAGCAAGAUUCAGAAAAGGAGGAGGGAGAGGCAUGGAGACCAGGGCUCUACAGUGAUCUACCUGAAGGCCAUCCAGGGCAUCCUGGGAAAGGCUAUGCCAAAGAGGAAGGGUGAGGCUCGGGCAAAACUAAAUACAGGAGAACGUCCUGCCCAUGGAAGAGGGCCAAUAAGGAACAUUAGGGUCUCUACUCCUCAGAAAGAGAAAGACCCAGCCCCAGAGGUCAGCUCAGAGGAGGACAAGACUGUGGUGGAGAGAGGCAGCUUCUGUGACAGGAGAGUGAUUCUGGACCCUCAAGAGAAACCCAGUGAGGAGCCAUUUGGUGAUCGAAGAACAGUUGUUAAUAAAAGUGCUCCCCUGCUAAAAUUUUUGGAUGAAUGUGAUUCCCAUUCAGAAGCCCAAAAGCAGAAAGAAAGGGAAGUGGUCCUAGAACACCCCUCUUCAGGAAGUGACUGGUCAGACGUGGAUGAGGUCUCUGCAGUCCGAUUUUCUCAGGAAGAGCCAGUCUCACUGAAACUUUCAGCAGUUCCAGAGCCUUCAGCCUUCACCACUGACUAUGUCAUGUACCCACCUCAUUUGUACAGUAGUCCUUGGUGUGACUAUGCCAGCUGCUGGACAGAGAGUCCGAAGACUUCCAGCUAUUUCUCUGUGGGCAACAGCAGCAAUGACACAUCCCAGGCAAGGAGCAGCCGGCGCCUCCUGAGUGAUUACUCCCCCAAAUCGACAGUGAACUCCCAGAAUUCAUGCAGGGAUGUGGAAGUGACUGAAGAAGGCAGGUCCCAGAAUUCACGUUCAUUUCAUUUUUCCAGAAGUUUGGAAGAUGAAGAGAUAAAGGAGAAAAGAAUAUUCCAAGAGGAAAUAACAUCAUAUCCUUGUGAAAGACCUGCAUCCAGUGGCCUGCCAAGAAGCCAUCGGAAGCUAAGUCUUGAGGAGGGAUUCAUUGACACCCAUUGUCAUUUGGACAUGCUCUACUCCAAGUUAUCUUUUAAAGGGACCUUUACCAAAUUCAGAAAGAUUUACAGCAACUCCUUCCCAAAGGAGUUUCAGGGCUGUAUCUCUGACUUCUGUGAUCCUCGGACACUCACAGAUUGCCUGUGGGAGGAGCUGCUGAAGGAAGACCUUGUUUGGGGGGCUUUUGGCUGUCACCCUCACUUUGCACGCUAUUACAGUGAGAGUCAAGAGAGGAAUCUGCUGCAGGCCUUGAGGCAUCCUAAGGCUGUGGCCUUCGGGGAGAUGGGCUUGGAUUACUCCUACAAGUGCACUACACCAGUCCCGGAGCAGUAUAAGGUGUUUGAGAGGCAGCUGCAGCUCGCUGUGUCUCUUAAGAAGCCUUUGGUGAUCCACUGCCGAGAAGCUGAUGAAGAUUUGCUGGAUAUCAUGAAAAAAUUUGUGCCGUCCGACUACAAGAUUCAUAGGCAUUGCUUCACCGGAAGCUACCCAGUCAUCGAGCCUCUGUUGAAGUACUUUCCCAACAUGUCCGUGGGCUUCACAGCAGUCCUGACAUAUUCCUCUGCCUGGGAGGCCCGGGAUGCUCUGCGACAGAUCCCACUGGAGAGAAUCAUUGUAGAGACUGAUGCUCCUUACUUCCUCCCACGCCAGGUUCCCAAGAGCCUUUGUCAGUAUGCCCAUCCGGGACUGGCCUUGCACACUGUCAGAGAGAUUGCCAGGGUCAAAGACCAGACACUGUCCUAUACCUUGGCUGCUUUGCGUGAGAACACCAAUCGCCUCUACAAUCUUUAA